AUGUUUCAAGCAAGAGAAGUACUGUGGAACACGAUAUCAGAGGACUACAAAAACGGAAAUAAGAAACACGAUGCUUGGAUGGAAAUUGCCAGUGAAUUUAAUUUGGAUAAAAAAGUAAUUGAAAAAAAGAUUCGAUCACUCGUAGGUCAAUUUAACCGAGAAUGUAAAUCUAAAUCUGGUGCAAUAGCUGAUGAAUCAAGUAAAUGGUUUGCAUUUAAAAAACUCAUGUUCCUUAAGGGAAAAAUAUCCCAAGUUCAACUGUCGAUGGAGGGUUGCAGGUGA